AGCACAAUGGGGUGUCAUUAAAGCGUGAGAGCUGAGAAUGGAGAUCGUAUGGGUGUGGUUUCACUCUCAUGCAUUUAACCAGUCCACACAGUGCAUUCUUGUUCACAUUUCAGCCCCUCCAGCAGAGGCACACUGAGCUCUGACGCUUGAUUUUUCAUCAGAGGCAUGGUUUCUCAAGUCACCAGCUCCCUCGUCAAGUGCCUGCUGAUUCUCCUCGGCCUUGGCUCAGUGAUACUGAAUAUUGUUUUGAUAUGCCUGAAUUCAAACAGACUUCCAAAAUGCCAGACGCGAUCACAAGGAACGGUGGUGGCCAACCACACAGACCACAGCUUGAUAUUCGCCGAUCUCACCCCUGAAGAGUAUCAGAUGGUCCGUGAUCACAUGUGGAAUCAGAAGGACUUGAGGAUUUCUCGCUCUGCCUUUGCAAAACCGUCAGAGAACUUCAUCUUCUUGAUUGACCUUGUGCUUCCAAAAAAAGCAGAAGCGCUGAGAUACCUGGAUUCUCAGGGACCCAAACCCGAACGCCAAGCCAGCGUUGUGGUGUUUUUCGGAGAGAAUAACUACCUCAAAGAGUACGUUGUGAGACUUCUGCCUCGUCCCAUGAUCCAUUGGGAUGUCACAAAUGAGAAGUACAACAUGGCGAGCCUGCCUUUCACAGCUCGACCUGUGACCAUUGGAGAAUAUGCGCAGCUUCUCAAAUUGGUGUUUGGUGAUGUCUUCAACAAGCUGAAGACAGAACUGAGGGAGAGCUUUGGAUAUGACCCAAAAAAUCCAAACCUGAGUGUUUUUGAAGGGAUGCCCAGAGGAGUAAAAUCAGGCGAUCGAAAGACAUGGAUAUCAUUUUUUCGUGAUUUCAGUGGCAUGUAUAUCCAUCCAGUUGGCUUUGAAAUUUUAGUCUGUCAUGAAAGUAAAAACUCCUCAGAGUGGACCAUUGAAAAGCUCCUGUAUAAUGGCAAAUACUUUGACAGCAUUGAGAGUUUUAAAAAAGGCUAUGCAGAAGGUACUUUACAAAAGAUUGUCUUUAAAAAAAUCUCUAAUUACGCCUCGCUGAAACCAAGACACAAACCUACAGGGCUGGGACCACAUCAGUAUUACCUCCAAGGCAAGCGCUUCAGCGUGAAGCACAACCAGGUCAUUUAUCAGAACUGGAAGUUUGCAUUCGGUCUGAGCUCACUGACCGGCAUGCGAGUGUUCGACGUUCGGUUCAAAGGAGAACGGAUCAUCUAUGAGCUCAGCGUCCAGGAGGCCAUGUCUGUGUAUGGCUCUGCAACCCCAGGGAUGAUGCUCACCAAGUUUCUGGACACAAGCAUUGGUAUUGGCCGAUUUGCCCAUGAACUGGUGCGAGGCGUUGAUUGUCCGUAUUCAGCCACUUACAUAGACGUUUACCGUUACAUUGACAUCAACGCCACGCAGCUUUUCAGCAACGCCAUCUGUGUCUUCGAGCACAACAUGGGACGUCCACUACGCCGUCACUUUUCGGAUUUCUUCCAGAACAGCUAUGGAGGCCUGACCAACAGCGCCCUGUACAUCCGCACCAUCACGGCCAUUGGCAACUAUGACUACAUCUGGGACUUCAUCUUCUACCAGAGUGGCACGGUGGAGGCCAGAGUUCACGCAACGGGUUAUAUAUCAUCCUCUUAUUUAGUGCCUGGCAGUCUCAAGUACGGCCACCAGGUCGCCGAAAACGUGCUGGGAAACAUUCACACGCACUUUGUUAACUUCAAGGUGGAUCUGGAUAUUUUAGGUGUGAGCAACGUGUUCCAGACCAAAGACAUGGAGUAUGAGGAGGUGUCUUUGCCCUGGAUUCCUGAACGCAAAGCCAAAAUCCCAAAACUGGUAGAGAAUCAGCUCAAGACUGAGCAGGAGGCGGCGCUUCGUUACGGCACUAAAAUUCCUCGUUACCUCCAUGUGGCCAGCAAUCAGAAGAACCGGUGGGGCCACCAGCGCUCGUACAAGCUGCAGGUGAUAAGUUUGGCUGGAGAUCACCUCCCAGAGAGUGAGCCAGAGGAGAGGAGUAUGUCCUGGGCACGGUAUAAAGUUGCCAUAACAAAGCAUAAAGACACAGAACCGACCUGCAGCAGUCUGUACAGCCAGAAUAACAUGUGGAACCCAGCAGUCGACUUCAGCAAAUACAUCCAGGAUAAUGACAGCAUUGAGAAUGAGGAUCUGGUUGCUUGGGUAACGGUGGGUUUCCUCCACAUCCCUAACGCCGAGGAUAUCCCCAACACGGUGACGGUGGGAAACGGAGGCGCUGUACUCAUCCGCCCGCAUAAUUACUUUGAUGAAGAUCCAUCCAUCAACUCGGCCGAUGGCGUCUACUUCAAUCCUGGAUCAGAAAAAGACUGUGAGUACAACAAGAUGGCGUGUUUAGACAAAGACCUGUGUAGCCCGACACUGGAGCCAUACACAUACAGCGGAUUCGAGAACGUCUUAAAAUUUGAAUAAUAAAUAUACCUAAAUAAAUGUAUCAUAUUACAAGUGUUUGAUGUUCUUAAUUCAUUCCUCUCCUCACCAAUUUUGUCAUAUUUUCACUCUUAGCAUUGCGUUAUGAUUGUGGUGCAUUUGUCGUAAUCUUUAUUUUUGUGAUAGCAAUACGAAUGUUUAUAAAGCUAUUUUUAAUUCACAAAUUUAUUUUUACUCACUUUUUAAUAACCAUCAAAUGACAUUCAACAGAACUGCAGAAGUCCUACAGAUUUUGUGUGUAAAUUUUCAAAAUGACUUUUUAUUUUAUUUUUUUUUCACAUUUUGGACAAGAGAUUUUGCAUAACAAGAAAGUAAUAACAAGAAAUGUGUUACUGCUGCCACCCUGAAGUUGAUUAUUUUCCUACAACAGCAAAAAAAAAUUCUUCUUAAACCACUGUGACUUGAUUAAACGAUUAGAAAUUUUACUCGUUAAAGAGUAACACAUCAUGCUUUUAAUCCAUUUAGUGUUACCUUUAAUGUUGUGGAAUGUUCAUGAAACAAGGAAGUUCCUAUUCUUAUUUACAUUACAGCAGCUAUAGUCGUUGCUUUUUUUUUUUGUAUCUUGAUGUUAAUACAAUCUUAAAAAACAUGCAACUUGUCAUGUUACCGAGAAACCACUAAUCAUAAAUUCCUGAAGAUGUCGAAAAACUUAACGUUACAGCUUUACAGCUAACUAUUACAAAGCACUGAUAUUUGAGACUCCUUCCAUAAAUACAAAUUGCCCCAUUCCAACAAUUACACUUUUUUUAAAACCCAUAUAUGUGGAACGUCCACCUGUGAAUUGUUUGUUACUAUGGAAAUGAUAAUGUAUUAGAACAAGCGCUUUAAUAAACCUGCGGUUUGCAGCUGCACUGUCUGGCCAAUCAGAAUCCAGAAUUAAAGAGUUCUUUGGUAUAAAUAUCACAUGUUGUACUAAUCUAAUAUCAAAUAAAUUUACCCACUAUGUGCACUUGUUUUAGCUACUCUCUAUGCUACUAUUUGUUCAGGUUGUCCAUCUGUCUGUUUUUUGGGAUUUGAUCAUAUUUGUAUGUGUUACAGGUCAGAAUUGUAGGUCAGGUAGAAUUUUUCAACCUAGGUUAGAACUUUUAACCCAGUUCAUAAUCUGCUGUUUGUAUUAGAGAAACUUAUUCUAUCUAGGGUUCGGUUUAGGGUUAGGAUUUGGGAAGACUUUAAACUACUUAAUGAUAUAAUAAGACUGGACUUAUUAAUAAAUUCAAAAUAUAAAUAUAUAUCACUCCUUCCAUUAGAGUCAUCACUGGUCUCGUGGUUAAGGUGUUGGAUUAAGAAUCAGAAGGUUAUGAGUUUGACUCCUGGUUAAGUAUGAAAAAAAAGAAAUAUAAAAAUGCUAAUUAGGUAGAUAGGAAUAGACAGACAAGAGGAAAUGCUAGGUAGGUGUAGACAGAGAGACAAAAGAAGUGAUGGAAAAUCCCUUUGAAGAAUCUUAGAUAAUCCAAAAUUUUACCAAGGUUGGAAAUUAUGAACUAGGUUAAAUUUUUUUAACCCAGGUCAAAAAAAAAUCACCUAGGUUAAAAUUUUUUGACCUGUAAUAUAUACAGUCACACUGUAUCAUCUCAGUUGGAUCCUACAUUAUAGUUAGAAAUCUACUGAAGCUCAAGCUAAACUCAUUUUCAUCCUACCUCAAUUCAACCAAGGCUCAUCUGAUGUCCAGAUUUGGCAAACAUCAGUAGAAAUUGAAGUUUAUGAGCAUAUAGGGGAGAGCAGGGAGACUUGGGACACAUUUUCAGCUUUUGUAGAUUGUGCAAAAUUCUUUGCAGGUCACGUCACAUUCGUAUUGCAUUAGAGUGUUUACUAUACCCUCUUACCACAAGAUUAGUUUCUCAGCUUGUCACAUAUACUGGCCUUCAGGCUUCACUUUUUCUCUCAUUAUGUUUUGAGACAUUGAGGGGAAACAUGGGACAUUACAGUAUGUUGGGAGACUUGCAAAGAUUUUGAUUAAAUUUGGAGGAAAGGUGAACCAUGGGCCACGGAACAACUGAUUAGAUUUUGAUGCAAAUCUGGAUAUGUAUGUAAACAUAGUAAUCAUCUGGAUAUUCUAAUAUGUGGCUUGGCAGAGGUAUGCACUGUACCGAGAGCCCUUCUAGUUUUGACCCUGUGCAGAUUUCAGAAAACCCAAAAUAAAUUAAAACUUGUGCAUCAAAUUCUUAUUUUUUUCUAUUAAAGAUGUAUGUUGUACAAUUUUUCCCCAGAAAAAGAACAGUUCUAAGAAAUCAUCGAAAGCUUGAUAUUACCAUGAUAUUCAUGUCCAAGAUGAAUGUAUGUAGCCUCCAAGUGUCCAAGUGUCCCUGCUCUCCCCUAUCUCUUGUAUGUCUUUUCAAAAGACAUCAAUAAUGGAGUUUUUGUUUUUUUUUAAAUCAACAGUCACAUGUUCACAAAAGUACUGAUUUUGUUGCUCCUAACUCAUAAUAUGAUUCAGGCAGGAGUUAAAGCUUAGUAUUAAUGUGAUUUUUGUGAGGAAACUGCUUGCUAAUUUUCAAACUUGUUGCAAUUUCUACUCCUAAAGAUAUGUGAAAGUCAACACAUAUUUAAAAAAUGUUUAAAACUGAAAAUAAAAAAUCAUGUACAUGUUGAGUAAUAAAACACGAGUUUGAGUUUUUCAGUGUUAUUUGUAUCACUUUC